CACAUCCAUAUCACAUCCAUAUCACAUCCAUAUCACAUCCGUAUCACAUCCGUAUCACAUCCAUAUCACAUCCGUAUCCAUACCCAGCCAGCCAGCCAUGCAGGACACCACCCUGACCCUCCCCACCGUCGACCUGACACCCUUCCUGUCCUGUACCUCCGCCAAUCUCUCGCCCGAGGCCAUGCAAGAGUGCCGCUCGGCUGCCGAGUCGCUGCUCAAAUACUCUAUCCUGAUCCUCAGAGACCCACGCGUCUCCGAGUCCGACAACGACCGCUUCCUGAAUCUCAUGGAGGCCUACUUUGACCAGCCUCUGGACCUCAAGAUGCUGGACGUCCGACCGGAGCUCGGCUACCAAGUCGGAGCCACCCCCGAGCGCACCGAGCUGCCCGUCUGCGGCAGGGAUCCUGAGUGCCUGAAGCGAGUCGAGGCGCUGAGUCCGAACGACAAGCCGAUCGACUUCUCAGGCCCUGACCCAAAGUGGCGUUUCUUCUGGAGAAUGGGGGACCGUCCCGAGCACACCAAGUACAGGGAGCUUAACGCACCCCAGGUCAUCCCAAAGGAGUUUCCUCAAUGGCCGGAGGAGAUGAACGCCUGGGGAUCCAAGCUGUUCGGUGCCAUCAACACCCUUGCCGAGAUGCUGGCCAUUGGAUUUGAUAUACCCAGAGACACCUUUGCCAGGAUGACCAACCUCGGCCCGCAUCUGCUUGCCCCGACCGGCAGCGAUCUUGCCACCUACAGCAAACCCGGCACGGUGCUUGCUGGCUUCCAUACCGAUCUCAACUUCCUGACCAUCCACGGGAAAUCGAGAUAUCCCGGUCUGAGAAUCUGGACCAAGCAGGGCAAGCGGCUCAGGGUCCAGAUCCCCGACGGCUGCCUGUUGGUCCAAGCGGGCAAGCAGAUGGAGUGGCUGACCGGUGGUGAGAUCCCAGCAGGCUUCCAUGAGGUUGCUGUCUUGCCUGAAACGCUCAAGGCCAUCGAAACACAAGAGGCACUCGGACGCCCGCUGUGGAGAGUCUCGUCGACAAUGUUUUUCCACAUUGCUUCGGAUCAGAUACUGGAGCCCCUCGGUAAAUUCAAGAACAGCGAUCGCGCCGCUCGGUACCCGCCCACCGAGGCUGGCUCGCAGGUUCAGACCGAGCUGGGCUUGUUGAAACUGAUGGCUUAAUACAGAUGCCGCAAGACAGUCCGGA